AUGGAAUUUCGAAUCUUUCCAUCGAAUCUAGAGGAUAUGUCAUACACAAUCGAUGAAAACGAAUUAAAUUUCUUACCACAAUUCAUCAAUUUACAAAAAAUAAACUUUACCACAGAACAAGUUACAAAGAUAGCAAUUAAAUACCUUAAUCUAACGGGAUCUAAAGUGAAUGAGAUUAUAUUACCAGGAAAUACGAUUGUUAAUAUCUCCGAUGGUGCAUUACAAAGUUAUUCUCUUCAAAAGAUAAAUAUUCAUGGAAAUUAUCAGGUUAAUCUAAAAAACCUCUUUGAAAACUGCCCUAACCUAUUAAGAAUUGAUUUCAUUGAUUUUAAUGAUGCACCCAACAUUUCUGAACUUCAGGGUUCAAACUUAAAAGAAAUACAUUUAACAAAUUCAUUUCUUGAAUUUAAAAAACAAUUAUCAUUUUAUACAAACCUACAAACAAUUAUUAUAAAUGAUCAGUAUACUGUAAAUUGCACAGAAUUGAAACAAAAUGUUCCAAAAUUGUCUAGUUUUUCAAUAAAUCAAAAUUAUAAAGGAUAUUUUAAAGGAAAUAUUCAAUAUAGUUCUAAUUCUCUAGUUGGUGGAAUAUCGGACGUAAGAGAUACAGUUCCAUUCUACUUCGUUAACAGUAGUAUCGAUUCCAAUUCAAUUGAUAUUGAAACAAAUAGAGAAAAACAAUAUAUCGCAUACAUUUAUCAAUUAAGCGUAGAAAAAAUUAUAUCAUUUACAAGUAGUUUACGCUUCAAAGAACUGCAUAUUAAAACGAAAAAUUUGGAAUUUCAACGAAAUAACAAUAAUUCUCCAUUUGAUAUAACUAACCUAUUUUUCGAGGACUAUGAAAUUCUGACGAUAAAUGAGAAUUCAUUUAAGCAAGAUGAUUCUAUUCAAGGAUUUCAUUUUAAAGGUGGCCAAAUCAUAAUCAGAGAAAAUGCAUUUAAAGAUCAAACAAUUAAUUUACUUGAUUUGCAAUAUAAUUCAGAAUCAAAUGUUAAUGAUAGAUCAUUUGUUCAUUGCAAUAUCCAAAAUUUUUUGUUGGAAAUAACACAAAAAUCAAUUUCAGAAACAUCAUCGAUAACAAUAUUGACAUUAACUUCUUUGGAUGGAACAAUGGAUAUUCUUUAUAUAAUGGAAGUUCUACUCAGGGCACGAAAAUUAUUGUUGUUAAAAAGGGAAUGGAAUUGA